UUCCCAUUGAAGAUAAAUAGAUUACAAAACCAAUCACAGUCACUUCUUUGGCAACUGCCUAAGAGACAGCAGCAUGUCUGUUGACCGGAGAUUUGCCCUUCUAAUAUGGCUUUUAGAAAUAAUUCUUUUGGUGAAUGGAACUAAGAUAAGCCUUUCGGAAACUGCUUUAAACAGGCCACGAAGAGAAAUUGAGACCCCUGCUCCUAUAGACUGCAGGUUGAGCUCUUGGAGUGAGUGGUCUUCUUGUGAACCUUGUCAAAAAGAAAUGUAUCGCUCACGGACCAUUGAAGCCUUUGGCCAGUUUGGUGGGAAGCGGUGCCUACAUUCUUUGGGAGACCGGCGUAGCUGUGAACCUUCUAGAGCCUGUGAUGAUGAAGAAUAUGACUGUGAAAAUGAUUUUAAAUGCGAAACAGGUCGAUGCAUUAAAAAGCGGCUUCUGUGUAAUGUCGACAAUGACUGUGGAGAUUUUUCGGAUGAAGAUAAUUGUGAAAAAGACCCACGUUCUCCCUGCCAUACUGAUGUAGAACUGUCUGAGCUUGGCCGGACAGCUGGAUAUGGGAUGAACAUUUUGGGGAUGGAUCCUUUGGACACUCCCUUUGACAAUGAGUAUUUCCAUGGUCUCUGUGAGCGAGUUCGAGAUGGAAAUACCGGAACCUAUUACCGCAAGCCUUGGAAUGUGGCAACUCUGAACUAUGACACUAAAGCAGAAAAAAGAUUGAGGACAGAGAACUAUGAAGAACAUGUACUUCAAAUAACAGACACAUUCAGAGAAAGGCAAAAAAAUUUUGGCUUUGACAUAUCUCUAAAACUCACAUCUACUGAAGGCCCUUUGUCUUCGCUCAACGCUGCGGCAUCAUUUGAUUCUAAUGUUCCAGAAUUUGGGGAAGCUGAAGCCAGAGCUCCAGAAAGCACAAUAGCUAAAGAAGAAGCACCUGAAGAUAGAAUACUUAAAGAAGCACCUAAGGAUGGAACACCUGGAGAAGCACCUGAAGAUAGAAUACUUAAAGAAGCACCUAAGGAUGGAACACCUGGAGAAGCACCUGAGGGUGGAACACCUAAAAGAAAACCUGACCCAAAGAGAAACCAACAAGAUGCUGGUCUUACAUUCAGAUUUAGAUAUUCAAAAAACGAAAGUCUUCACCUUAUCAAGUACUAUGCUUCAGACAAGACAAAAAUGUUUCUUCAAGUGAAAGGAGAAAUUCAACUUGGAAGAUUCCAUAUGCGAAAUAGAGAAUUUAUGUUGAAAAGUACUUUCCUGGAUGACUUAAAAGCUCUGCCCACCAGCUACGAAAAGGGAGAAUAUUUUGGCUUCUUGGAAACCUAUGGCACUCACUACAGUAGCUCUGGGAAUAUAGGAGGAAAAUAUGAAUUGAUAUAUGUGUUGGACAAAGAAGAAAUGCAGAGGAAAGGUCUUGAAAUACAAGAUGUGCGGAAAUGCCUUGGACUUGAUUUGGAUUUGUCUUACCAAAGUGCAGUGAAUUUCGAAGCCAACAUAAAAGGUUCUGACUGUUCGUCAGUAAACUGGAAGCGUUUUGAUGACAAUGAACGCAAACACAUUAUAGAUGAUGUGAUUUCACUCAUAGAAGGAGGAACCAGAGAAUAUGCCACCAACCUCAAGGAAAAGCUGCUCCGAGGACCCAAGGUGGUAGAUGUGACAGAUUUCCUCAACUGGAGUGCUUCCUUAGAUAAUGCACCUGUACUUAUCAAUCAAAAGCUACUCCCAAUUGGCAAUCUGGUUCCAGUGAGAAUGGAAAAUGCACAUGAAAAGAAACAAAAUUUGGAACAAGCCAUCAAUGAUUAUGUUGAUCAGUUCAACUCCCACAAGUGCCAGCCCUGUCAAAAUGAAGGCACCACAAUGCUGCUAGAUGGGGAAUGCAUAUGUGCCUGCAAAACUGGUUUUCAGGGAGUUGCUUGUCAGAUCUCGCCAGUUGUUUAAAGGAAUUGCUGAAAAAGAGGAAUAGAAUUCCUGGUCAUGCCAAUCUCCACAUAUGGAAGGGGGAGAAAAAGUCAGGACUGGCAGCCAGUAUAAUCCAGCCCCAGGCCUUGGAAGAUGACCUGAGCCAGGAGGACAGCAUCUGUGCACAUAGCAAUCCUUUUAGGACCUUCUUAUCUAAGUCUACAUUGAUUUUUCUUUUCUCUGAACACUGAUCAUUUUUCGAUUUUGGGUUUUCUUAAGAUACAAUGUCAGAAUCCAAGUAACCCAAACAUACUUAAAUCCAUAGGCAAAGCCAGUUUCUUUUUUCCUGCAAAAAUAAAAAUGGGAUAAAAUUAAAAAUGAGAA